AUGAUGUUUCUGUGUGCCGUGUCCCGACCAAGACACGAUACCAAGCACAACUGUAUGUGGGACGGCAAAGUUGGUCUCUGGCCUUUCGUGGAGACCCAACUGGCCAAGCGUCUAAGCAAGAAGCGUGAGCGAGGCACACCUGUGACCGUACCAAUGAUAUUGACAAAGCCUGUGUAUCGACGAUUCCUCGUCGACAAGGUCAUCCCAUCAAUUCAGAGCAAAUUGUCUGGGCGCCGUAGCGACACGAUCUUUGUGCAGCACGACAAUGCGAGGCUAUAUGUAGCAGUAAACGAUGCUGAAGUCAUGGCAGCAGGGAAGAAGAACGAUUGCGACAUUCAGCUCAAGGCGCAACCAGAACUCACCGUCGACCAACGGUCGGCGAUCCCCCACCUCAAGAAGGACAUACAGAUGAAAGCGGGGGUUCGGGAAUUGCGCCCGUCAUGUGACGAAGAGAGGACGAGCAACGUGUCGAUGAUAUUGUGGAACUUGUGGGUGCUGGUCUUCGUGUCUCUGGAUCGGAAGCACUUCAGAGAAUUGAUGAGCUCGUGGAACUUCUUGAAGCCACUGUAG